UGUAACUUCAAAAAAAGUUAUUUGUAACUUCAAUAUCAUAUGGUCCAUGAUGCUAGAGGACAAAUGAUGAUAUUUGUGACCUACGAGUUUUCAUAGUUUGGAGCUCGUUUCACAACGUCUGGGAGCUAUGGUUGUAUACGAGGAACUACAAUACGUAGGAUUUGUUCAGUUGAUUGAGUUGAAAGCUUUAGCACUCUUGACGAAUAUAUAUGAUUUUUUCAAAGAUAACUCCGGUUUUCUCAAAAGUGCGGUUGUUUCUGUGGAAAGCAUAGUCAUCUCCCCCUUGCAACUGAUUAACGAGAAGCUCAUAAUAUUGUGCGACUAUAAGCUUAGUUUUAUUGAUGACAAGUUCGAGAAAUACGCUCCAGAUUUUAUCAAGAACCUCCUUGGCGGAUUAAAUUCAUAUAUUAAAGAACACAUAUCUUCUGUUGAGGAAUUCUUUGGAACACUAAUCCAAAAAGCAAGAACUAUCGUUGAGAAUGGUUUAAGCAGCAUAGAGUCCCUGAUCCAAAAGUGUAUCGACGCCAAGAAAGCCAUAUUCGAAAAGUUGGUUAAAAGAACUGAAUCCAUCCUUGAGAAUGGACUUGACUAUGCUAAACAAGCACUAGACAAAAUCAAAAUUGUUGUGGGAGGUAUCCCAAUCAUUGGUGAUGCAACACAAUCAUUUAUCACCAAUCAAAUAGAAAAGGUUACUCAAUGGAUCGAGACCACAACAUCUUACAUCAAGCAAUAUGGUAUAUUUGGAACCAUAACCACAACAGUUAACCAAGUUGUAAAGGAAACUGAAGAAAUAACUGCAUCCAUCAUCGAAAAGGGUACCGAAUCAGCCAGCCAAGUUAUAUACAUAACCAUAUCUGUGGUCGGUGGUAUCCCAAUCAUUGGUGAUACAGCACAAUCCGUUCUCACCUCACAAACAGACAUGGCAACUCAAUUGAUCAAUGCUACAACUUCUUCAAUCAAGGAGAACGGCAUAGUUGGAACUAUCACAUCAGCUGUAGAACAAGUUGCAAGUGAGGCACAACAAACAACUGCAUCCAUCAUCCAAAAGGGUACCGAAUCAGUCAACCAAGUUUUAGACACAACCAUAUCUGCUGUCGGUGGUAUCCCAAUCAUUGGUGAUGCAGCACAAUCCAUUCUCACCUCACAAACAGACAUGGCAAGUCAAUUGAUCGAUGCCACAACUUCUUCAGUCAAGGAGAAUGGUAUAUAUGGAACUAUCACGUCAGUAACCACGUCAGUAACCCAAAAUGUUAUAAACGGGGCACAAUCAACAACUGAAUCCAUCACCGAGUCAGUCAGCCAAGCUUUAGACACAACCGCAUCUGCUAUCGGCAGUAUCCCAAUAAUUGGUGAGGCAGCACAAUCCAUUAUCACCUCACAAACAGACUCCGUCAAGGAGAAUGGUAUAUUUGGAGCUAUCACAUCAGCAACCCAAAAUGUUAUAAGCGGGGCACAAUCAACAACUGAAUCCAUCAUCCAAAAGGGUACCGAGUCAGCCAGUCAAGCUUUAGACACAACCAAAUCUGUUAUCGGCAGUAUCCCUAUCAUUGGUGAUGUAGCACAAUCCAUCAUCACCACACCAACAGACAUGGCAAGUCAAUUGAUCGAUACUACAACUUCUUCAGUCAAGGAGAAUGGUAUAUUGGGAGCUAUCACAUCAGCAACCCAAAAUGUUAUAAGCGGGGCACAAUCAACAACUGAAUCCAUCAUCCAAAAGGGUACCGACUCAGCCGGCCAAGCUUUAGGCUCAACCAGAUACUUUAUCAUCGGUUUCCCAAUCAUUGGUGAUGCAGCAGACUCCAUCAUCACUAAACAAACAGACAUGGCAAAUCAAUUGAUUGAUAGUACAACUUCUUCGGUCAAGCAGAAUGGUAUAUUUGGAGCUAUCACGUCAGCAGCUGGACGGGUUGUAAACGAGGCACAAGCAACAGGUACAUCCAUCAUCCAAAAGGGUACUGAGUCAGCCAGCCAAGCUUUAGACACAACAAAAUCUGUUGUUGGUAGUAUUCCAAUCAUUGGUGAUACAGCUCAAUCCAUCAUCACCAAACAAACUGACAUGGCAAAUCAAUUGAUUGAUACCACGACUUCUUCUGUCAAGGAGAAUGGUAUAUUCGGUGCUAUCACUUCAUUGACUCAGAAUGUUGGUGGAUCAAUCAUCCAAAUGGGUUCUGAUUCAGCUAGCCAAGCAUUAGAAACAACCAAGUCGGUUGUCGGAGGUAUCCCAAUUGUUGGGAAUGCAGCAGAAUCUAUUAUUACAACACAAACAGACAUGGCUAGUGAUGCGGUUGAAAGCUCAACUUCGUCGGUCAAGAAGCAUGGUUUAUUAGGAGCUAUUUUAUCAGCGGCAGGACAGGUUGUAGAAGAUGUUGGAAACACAGCAAACAAAAUCAUUGAAAAAGGUUCUGAUUCUGUCGAAAAAACCCUAGAGAAAACCACAUCCAGCAUUGGAGAUAUCCCAAUUCUAGGAUCUAUAUUUGGGAAAAAAAAGUAAUUGUUUGGUUUCUAAUUAUAUUGUGAGUAAUUAUGAAUUACAUCAUGGUAUGUGAAAAAAUAUACUCAAUGAUGCUAGAGAAAAGCGAUUAUAUGUACGUUGAUAUGUGUUCAAAAAUCAAUAGUAAACUGAAAUAAAUAAAUGAUCGAAAUAAGCAUGAUA